AUGACGGCAUUGUUACCAGUUUUCUUUUCUGUUAUCUUGGCUCCUACCAAGCAAACCGCUCGCAAGUCUACCGGCGGCAAGGCGCCGCGCAAGCAGCUGGCCACCAAGGCGGCCCGCAAGAGCGCGCCGGCCACGGGCGGCGUGAAGAAGCCGCACCGCUACCGGCCCGGCACGGUGGCCCUGCGCGAGAUCCGCCGCUACCAGAAGUCCACGGAGCUGCUGAUCCGCAAGCUGCCGUUCCAGCGGCUGGUGCGUGAGAUCGCGCAGGACUUCAAGACCGACCUGCGCUUCCAGAGCUCGGCCGUGAUGGCGCUGCAGGAGGCGUGCGAGGCCUACCUGGUGGGGCUCUUCGAGGACACCAACCUGUGCGCCAUCCACGCCAAGCGUGUCACCAUCAUGCCCAAGGACAUCCAGCUUGCUCGCCCCAUCCGUGGGGAGAGGGCGUAACCGAAGGCUACUGUUUACUAGGAAAUAAAGGCUCAUUUUAGAGCCACCUAC